AUGAGUUUCAAAGAUAGAGUUGUUAUAGUGACCGGUUCCAGUUCGGGCAUCGGUGCCUCCACAGCCAUUGGAUUUGCUAAAGAGGGGGCUCGGGUCGUCAUAGUGGGACGGAACGGGACAAAACUCGAGGAUAUUCGUAAAAAAUGCGAAAAGCACGGUAAAAAGCCACUUGUUCUUAAAGCAGACGUGUCGAAGGACGCCGACGGCAAGAGAAUUGUCGACGAGACUGUUAAAAAGUUCGGAAGGAUCGACGUCUUGAUCAAUAACGCUGGCAUACUCGAAAAAGUGGACAUUACAGGAGAAAAUUUCAUGGAGGGCUUCGACCGAAUCAUAAACGUCAAUCUAAGAUCGACGGUCUUCAUAACCCACCGUGCUGUACCGUAUCUCAUAAAAUCGAGAGGAAACAUAAUUAACGUAUCAAGCGUGGCUGGCCUUAGUACCAUCGGUGCCCCUGAUUUCAUUCCGUAUUGCGUGUCGAAGGCUGGAAUCAACCAUUUUACACGGAGCUCUGCGCUGAAACUAUCCGUUUAUGGUAUCAGGGUCAACACAGUAAGUCCGGGGCCAGUGAGAACAGACAUUUUAAAUAACCCCACGAUGCAGCAAACUACUUGGGAACAAAUCGCAGAAACAACAGCCUUAAAACGUGUAAGUGAGCCCGAAGAGAUUGCAGAUUUAAUCAUGUACUUAGCCAGUGAUAAAGCGAAGGGCAUCACAGGUUCAAAUUUCGUAACAGACGAUGGAAUUCUAAUUAAAAAU